CGCAUCACGAGCACGCACCUCCACAAUGUUCGGCCCCUUCCGUCUCACAAACCCGCUCUCCGGUGGUCUGCUCUGGAAAAUCCCCUGGCGCCUGUCCCGCCACCAGAAGUACAGACAGCGCGAGCGCCUCCGAAAUGUAGACGGCAUUGUCGCGACUCUCGACAAUGCGCUGGCACGGACAGGAUUGAGCAUGAAGAAGGUGGACCGCUGGAAGAUGGAGAUGCCGACCGAGGCGGAGAUGCUGCCCAAGGACAAAUACACAGUGUUCGACAGGAAGGUGAAGAGAUACAGGAAGGGAAUCCACAAAGUACCGAAGUGGACAAGAGUCAGCCAGAGACUGAACCCUCCUGGUUUUUGAAUAGAGAACGAUGGUUUUGUGUACACCACAUGUUUCUCUACGGUCUGCAUCGGACAAGGCGCUUUGGAAUCGAAGACAUACCCAAUUCGACAUCUGCUUGCAAAGGCUACGAACUCUCAUCGUCUUAGUUAUGGGGAUAUCUUGCAUUGUAAUGUGUUACGGUCCGGGCAGAUGCGUUUGUGUUGCGCACCUGGAGGAUGGUUGCACGGGCGCCGUUUGCUCAGACCGCCCGGCACCGCUACUUGAUGUUUGGACUUUGAGGUAGUCUUCUCUCACUCGUGCAUAAGGGUCGCGAAUCCCCACCGGGUUCUGCCUUCACCUGUGGUCGUGAGGACCGUGCUCUCACCUUCACCAUGACUUGACCUCUUCUAAUGCCUAGGCACACCUCUUCUACUCUUCUUUCACCUGGGCACACCUCUUCUAUCACCUAGGCACACUGCUUCUGCUACCUAGGCACCGCUUCUAAAGCCACUGCGCUACCC